CCAACACCGAGGGUCUGCAAGUGCCCUUCCUGGAUCAGAGUGACCCCAGCCCUGGGGAAAAUGAAGAGGGUAUUUCUACUAAGCAGACGAUGAUACUUUACACUGUAGUCAGGAGAUGUUUGUGGUCUCACAGUGACAGCUGCUCCUCCUCCUGUCAGCCCUGAGCCAGCCCAUAGCAUUGCAAGCCGUGCAACAGUUCCAUGCUGUGUCUGUGAGACAAAGGUAGUGAGUGACUUGAGCUGGAGGUUGCUGGGGCUACAGAUCAUCCCCGGACAGAAGAUAUCAAACAAAAGACCAAUGUGAUCAAUGUUAAUGAGAAGAUCACAUACAUUGUCACAGGAGUCUGCUGGGUGAAACGCUGUCUCAUAGAUCUCUCUGGCAGCAGGAGAGCCUGUUUGCAACACAGAAGAUCUUUCAGACCAUGAGAUCCCUGGAUACCAAUUAAGUAGAAUUUGGGGGAUUACUGGAUUCCACUAAGUUGACAGCAGAUCACUGGGAAUCAGCAGAUAGGUGGCACGGCUGCCUAUAAGCAGUGCAUAUCAGUCUACUCGGGUCUAAGUCUACUUCAGUAAAUCACUGAAACAAAAAUCAAUUUCUUUACAUUGUGUUCAUAGGAGCUCCACUUUGUUAAGUUUUGCUUCUCAGUAGAGGGGAACAACUGGGCAAGAUCAUUUGUUAUUUCAGGUACUAUAAAGUGUUAAUAUGACCAGAGAAGAACUGUGUGUAAAAUGCACAUUUCAUUUGGAGAAAUAAAUGUGUUUAUUAAAAAUGGUUAAAGUGCAGUGUUGAACCUGGAUGUUUUUUAUCUGGAUCCUGAAGAGGGAGGCACGUCCCUAUAAUUAAUGUUCAGGGACCUUGUGAUGCUUGUGCCACACUUGCUGGGUGUCUUCUUAUCUGGGUCAUUAACCUGUUGCAUGCGGCUCCUCUGCAGCCUCUCCAAGCCUCGCAGAUAAUCCCAUUUGCUCUGCCUUUAGCCCCCUGGGACCAUUUCGGAUGCCUCUCCUGCAGUUUCAUUCACAUUAUCAUGGGUACCAAGCAGACCAAGGUCUGCCAGGCUUCCAACGCUGGAGGGGAAAGCCCUCAGAACCCCCCGGGGACCAGGAAGGGCACUCCAGCCAGAGAAAGGGCGGAUUUCUGGUCUUCUCUGGGGCUGAGGUCUGGGGAUAAGUUUGGAAGGUGUGGGGCUGGCACUUUACCCCCUUAUCACAAGAGGAUCAAGAUGGUACAAGACCUGAUGCUUCUGGUGAGACAAGGGAAGCAAGAUGAGGCCACUGAGAUGCUCAGGCUGCUGAGACAGGAUUUGGGUAUGGAGUCCACCUCGCUAGAUGAUGUGCUGUACCGCUAUGCUAGCUUCCGGAAUCUGGUCGAUCCUAUAACUCAUGACUUAAUAAUCAGCCUGGCAAGAUAUGUGCACUGCCCCAAACCGGAAGGAGAUUCGCUAGGGGCAAUAGAGAAAGUGUGCAGGCAGCUGACGUAUCACCUCAGCCCUCACUCACAGUGGAGACGGCAGGGUAUCAUGAAGCGCAAACCGCAGGCUUGCUUAAAAGCCAUUCUCACAGCGAAGCUUCAUGAUGGAACAAUAGAUCUUUCAGGAAUUCACCUCACUAUUAAAGACCUGGAGCGUGUGAUUCUGUACCUUCAGCAUCACUCAGACCAUGUGGAGAAUGUGGAAUUUGCCUUCACUGAAAUUACAGAUGAUAUGUUCCUUCAUAUCCUGCCCAUCCUAAGUUCUCUUCCCCACCUCUCUACUUUGGCUCUCAAUGGCAACCGGUUGACCAAAGCAAUUCUAAGGGAAUUGACAGAAGUCUUGAAGGACCCCAAAAAAUUUCCCAGCAUAACUUGGAUUGACCUUGGAAAUAAUGUGGACAUCUUCUCGUUGCCACAGCCCUUUUUAGUUAGCCUCAAGAAGCGUAGCCCAAAACAGGGAAACCUGCCUACCAUUCUGGAGUCUGGAGAGGGACAGCUGAGUGAUCACGAAAAUCAAGAUGGGUCAGCAGAUAGCCAAGAAGAAGUUGAAUGUUUGGAACAGAGUCCUCAACCACAAAGUUAACUGGACACUUCCAAAUCUACAAAACUUCUCAUCUUGUAGUAUUGUAUGUUAUUGAGAAACUAUGAUAUAAACUAUCAGAUAAUACUAUUAAGGGUCCAGUUGAGUGCAACCCAUAUUCUAAAGGUAUUAUUGUCCAUACUGUGAACUGUAUGAGAUGUAUUAUCCUCUUCUUAAAUGUGAUACUGGUAAUUUUUCUGGGUAUUUCAUAUGCUUCUUGAGUCCAAGGAUUUAUACAAUAUAUAUUUUGAAUUUAUUUCACAAAAAAUUAAAUUAUAACAAUAUUCUUUUAAACGUGCAUAUAUAGAUUGAUUUAUCAGUUGCACAUGCUGACAGAGUGAAAUUUAGCUAUACAUAGUGAAUGCAAUUAUUAUAAAAAUAGUAUUGAAUCAGUUAGUACUUUUGAUGAAUUAUAUCAAAUGUUUCUGGUGAAAGGAUACAUAUGGUAUGGGUAGAAAGUAAGUAUACAUGUAGGUUAUAUCACAACAAAUUCCAUUAAAGAACUGAGGUAUAUUGAGAAAGGAACACUUUGUCAUAGAUAUCAAAGAAAAUGUUUUUUCUUAUAAAUAUUGUUUUCUUUAGAUAAAAAAAAAUGUUUCUGUUACUUGUUGAAGCUGAGAGGCCUUAAUACAUUAUCCAUAUCAUGUCUAAUUUUUUUAGUAUGUAUUCAAAAAGAUAUGCAACUUGAAUUCACUCUCUUCUCAUACCUCUGUUUUUGUUUUUUUUGUUAAUUAAACAAAUUGUGGCAACAAGAUAAUACUGUUGAUAGAAGUACUAGUGAUGGUAGCUGCAUAAAAGUACUAAAUGUAGGGGUUAAAGGAACCCUAAACAUCUAGAGAUGUUUAUAUAAAAUGCUAAAUUAUGCGUAAUGAUACAACUUUGCAAUAUACGUUCAUUAUAUAUUUUGCCCCCUUUCAGGUAAUUUAGCUCUGAAAAGUGGGGAUUUCGUAAUUCUCAGAAUGUCAAAUACACCUUGCUGAAUUCUUUAGGCUACAUAUUUCCCUUAUUGUCUGCAGACUCAAGUCCAGAUUGUCUUGUCAAAAUAAAGCAAAUUGUGGUGGAGUUUAAAGGGACAGUAUACUGUAAAAUAUGUUUCCCCUUAAUGUAUUUCAAAUACAUAUAUACCAGCUGCAGAGUAUAAAAUAUAUGAGAAAUUGCAUUUUUAGGUUUAUUUGUGAAUAUAAAAUAGUUUGUUUUCUGCUUUGAAACCACAACCUAUUAAAACGGGUUGAGCUUUCAGGUAAAAUAAGAUCUCAUUAUUUUAUCACUUUGUGUACACACACUUGCUUCCUUAUCUUAUAUCUGUUUGUAAAUUGUAGACCAAUACAUAAGGCCCCAUGAUCUAAAUGUCUCUGGGAUGGCAAGAUGAUUAAAGAAUGUUUGCCAGUACUUCUGAAUUCUAGAUCUAAAGCCACUUUUUACCCUGAAAGCAUUGGUGUCUCGCUAAGGCAUAUAUACUGCAUUUUCAUAUGGGGCUUAGAUAAGGACAUUACAAAAGUGGACAAUAAAAUUUGUAUUACAAAAUAAAUAAUUGAACCAUUCACACUAAAAUAUGCAGAAAAAAAUUGCAUUGUUAAGGUGCAUCAAAAAUCAAAAUUCUUCACCAAAAAAUUGUAUUUUAUCAAAAACGUAAAAUUUGUAUGUAAAUUACACAGGAAUAAAUUGUAUUAAAUA